AUGUCGUCCUCUCUCGCUGUGGUUGCCCUCGGAGCCCUCGUCCAGUCGGGACUGGGUCUUGCCGCAAAAGUUCCUUCUACGGCCCAGGUCGUUGACUGGAAGAGCUUCAACGUUCUCGAGAACGUUCUCCCCCCCGCCGAGGCCAAUGAUUCGACUACCUUUAUUUGGCCUGGUGUGACUGAAAAGUCUCUCCUGGAGAAGCCCUUCCACAUUUACGACGAUGAGUUCCUCGACGUCAUUGGCUCUGAUCCGUCGUUGACCCUCAUCGCUACCUCUGACACGGAUCCCAUCUUCCACGAGGCUGUCGUCUGGCAUGCCCCUAAGGAUGAAGUCUUCUUCGUUCAGAACGCCGGCGCCCCUGCUGCGGGUACUGGUUUGAACAAAUCUUCCAUCAUCCAGAAGAUCUCCCUCAAGGAGGCUGAGGCUGUGCGCAAGGGCAAGCUGGAUGAGGUGACAGUUACUGUUGUCCCUUCUAAUCCCCAGGUCAUCAACCCCAACGGUGGCACUAACUACAAGGGCAACAUUGUCUUUGCCGGAGAGGGCCAGGGUGACGACAUCACCUCGGCUCUUUACCUGAUGAACCCCAACCCUCCAUACAACACCACUGUCCUUCUGAACAACUACUUCGGCCGUCAGUUCAGCUCCCUCAACGACGUUGUCAUCCAUCCCCGCAACAAGGAGCUUUACUUCACCGACACUCUCUACGGCUACCUCCAGGACUUCCGCCCUCCUCCUGGUCUCCGCAACCAGGUCUAUCGCUACAACUUUGAGACUGGUGCCGUUGCCGUCGCUGCCGACGACUUUGCUCUGCCCAACGGCCUCACCUUCUCCCCUGAUGGCAAGAAGGCAUACGUCACCGACACCGGUAUCGCCCUCGGUUUCUACGGCCGUAACCUCUCGGCCCCCGCCUCCCUCUACUCCUUCGACGUGAGCAGCGACGGCACCUGGGGCAACCGCAAGACCUUUGCCUACACUGCCAGCUUCAUCCCCGACGGUGUCCACACUGACUCUGCUGGCCGCGUCUACUCUGGCUGCGGUGAUGGUGUCCAUGUCUGGAACCCCUCUGGCAAGCUGAUCGGCAAGAUCUACACGGGCGCUGUUGCUGCCAACUUCCAGUUUGCCGGCAAGGGACGCAUGAUCAUUACUGGUCAGACUAAGCUGUUCUACGUCACCCUUGCUGCUUCUGGCGUGAAGAUUGAGUAA